AUGCGCGUUGGCAUUAUUGGCGAAGACUCAAAACAGCCACAGUUCGUUGCCUUGUCGUCUGUUGACUUUUCUCAACAGGUUGAAGAGGCGGAAGCAGCACCAUCUGUCGAUUCCGUGGCUAGGAACCUAGAAAAGUUAUUGUUGCAGCCAUGGCCCGAUCUUUCGAAGCGCCCAGGCUGGCACGUUCGGGUCUUCCGUGAACCAAACUCGGGAGAUAAGAACGUCUGUCGACUGCGAGUUUGCUUGACCGUCCAUCACGCCAUCUACGACGGGGAAAGCACUGCAAAGUUCCACAUAUCCUUGACUGACGCUCUCAACAAUCCUGAUCCCGCCGUCUCGCUGAUGAUGGACAAAGGUCUCAUCGUGAACUUGACUGACCAUCUCCACGACUACCCUCACCCACAGGAAGAGCUCAUCGACUUCACUGCAAACAUCUCCUGGAUAGUAUCCCAACUCUGGAAUAUGUAUGCACCGUCAUGCCUCAAGCCAUUUGCAUUUCAGAAGUGGGCGGGCAAACCGUGCAACCCUGACAUUCAAGCCGUCAACAUUCGAUACCUUUCGCUAAGUUCCGUACUCACUCAAGCUGUAGUUAGAAGGUGUCGUGAGAAAAAGACUACGAUGACAAACCUUCUAAAUGCGCUGUGCGCUACGUCGUUGGCGAGACGCGCGCCCCUGACCAAGCAACAGGGCUUUGUGAAUCUCACAGCUAUCAGCCUUCGACCGUGGAUUUCCGACAAAGUGCCCUUCAACACGACUUACAUGUCCAAGUGCGCAUCAUCACACGCGCAGGAAAUUGGGCCCGACGUCCUGGCUAGGGUUAGACAGGAUGGGGAUGCCAACGUCUGGAAGCUCGCGGUUGAAUUGCGACGGGACAUGAAGAGAAGAACAGACACAAUGCCCCAUAACGAUUUUUCGUAUCUUUUCCGUUAUGUUGGCGAUUGGCGUGAUAUCUUGCAGGCGAGAUACGGAAAGCCGAGGCGGGAGCUAUGGACGUUGAGCAACCUGGGCUCUAAUGCCGUCCCGGCGUCCAAGGGCCCUUGGGAAAUGGAAAAUAUCUUGUUUGCCCAGUUUGCGCCGGUUUUUAGCUCUGCGCUUGCGGUUAAUGCUGCAAGCGUUGAGGGCGGAGAUAUGAUGGUGUCGUUUGUAUGGCAAGAUGGAAUCCUAGACACAGAACUCGUACAGGGGGUGAGAGACGACUUGGAAAAGUGGCUGUAUGGACUUGGCAAGGAGGGGAAGCUAGGAAUUUCGUCGAUCUAG